UGAUAAAUAAGACGCUUGAAUUCUUUUUUACGUCUCCACUAGUCUCGUAGCAACAGGAAGUUGUUGAAAUAAAAAAAAUUUUGAUUAUUUGGUAACUUGAAUAUUUAAUAAUUUAUUAUUAUGAACAAGUUGAUAGUAACUCUGUUAGUAAUCUUUAUACUUGUGGUAACAGCGGGAAGUAUUUGUUAUUUUAUUUUAAAAAAUGUUGAUUAUAAAUAUGGUUGCGAUAGCGCGCAUUCAGAUAAACUUGUAAUUGAUACGGAUGCUGGAGCCGAUGAUGCAGCGGCUAUCCUGUUGAUUUUGUCGGCAUGGGCGAGCAAUGACACCAGUUACGAUGUAAUCGGAAUCACGUGUGUCUAUGGGAAUACUUAUGAAGAAAAUGUCGAACAGAAUGUACUCAAGACUCUCACUGUUGCCAAUUUAUCUCACAUUCCCGUCUACGCGGGAGCAAAGAAACCUUUGAUGGACGAUUAUAUAGCAGAAAAUUGGUUUGGUGUUGAUGGCUUAGGCGACUUCAAUUUUGAAGAUGAAAUCAUCGGUGAAGUUGAUCGAUCUACUCAUGCAGCAGUAGCCUUGGUUAAUUUAGCUAAAAAGUAUCCUGGUGAACUUAAUGUACUUGUUCUCGGGCCAUUGACAAAUAUUGCGAUUGCAGUAUCACUGGAUCCCGAUUUCCCGCGCAAUGUAAAAAGAUUUUUCAUUAUGGGGGGCAGUGUAUCUAGUGUCGGAAACAAAUCUCCAGGUGUUGAAUACAAUUUCGGAAGCGAUCCUGAUAGUAACUUUAUCGUCUUAAAUAUUGUUAAAAAUAUUCCACAUCUUUUAUUCCCGUGGGAGACAUGUCUUGGCUCGAAUAUCUCUAAAAGCUGGAGAGUCAAUGAGUUGGGUUCAAUAAACUCGAGCUUCAUAGAGUUUUUAAAUAAAGCCGAAAACAAAAUCAUCAGUUAUGGUUUACAAGCAUGGAAUCCAUCGGAUGCUAUGGCAGCCGCUGUGAUGCUGUGGCCAAAUUUAGUGAAAAAAUCUAUUACUGUCAACACGACACCGGUGAUUGAUGGAGCGGCAAGAGGAUCAUUGCUGAUCGACUAUGCGGAAUUGACAUCAAAACCAAAGAAUGUUGAGAUAAUACAAGAAAUAGACGUCGAGGAAUUCAAACACAUACUCACAUAUUAUUUAUCAUAAUUAAUUCUAUGCAGUUAUGAUAAAUGUGAGGUCAUUUUAACUAAUGUAAAAAAGUAUUUACAAUAUUUGAGUACACUGAUAGAAGGAUUUAUUUGAGAGUAAUAAACUAGAUUUAUACAAACUCAUGUGAGAAGCUUCCUUGAGAAAUAUAAAUAUUUAUUAUCAGUUAACGAAUUAUUUUUCGGCGAAUAUUAUCGGUAGAUGGCUGCAUAUAAUCAUGUGUAUUUGCAUAUAUUAGCAGGAGACUAACUGGAUAGUGGUCAUAUUUUAUAUAAAAUAGAAAAAUGAUUUUAAACAAUUGUUUAUUAAUUAUUUAAUAAAUAUACUUUUUUUAUUAUAAUAUAUUCUUUAUCUUGCCACUUAAAAUAAAUUUUUAAAUAUAUUUUUAUUAUUUAUAUUUUG